AACUUUAACACCGCUUUCAGUGAGCAACGAACUUUCGAUCGCGCAACAUCACCGUCACAGAGUGUGUGCGUGCGUGACUGUCUCUCUCGGGGAGAGGAAAAAAAAGCAAUCCUUACCAAAAAGUAAAGCUGCAGAGUGCAACUGCACCGUGAGAUCAAUAAACAGCUUAAGAAGUGGUGAUACAAUAACACACGUAUCAAAAUGAACCCAAGUGGUAAGGGAUCCGGUCCGGAAGGGUUUCAAGCGCAGCCCUUAAAUCAACCACCCUACCCUGCCCAAUCUCCACCCUACCCCGGCCAAAUGCCGGCCGCCACCGGUGGCUAUCCGCAUCCCUCGGCCAACGUGCCGAACUAUGCUCAUCCACCACCGCCGCCACCGUACGACGCCAACUCGAACGUGAUCCCACCGCCACAGAAUGCCGGCACGACCUAUGUGCAGGUCGUUACCAGCCCACAGGUAGGACCCGAUCCGGCCUCGAUGGUGUGUCCCUCCUGUACCAAGCACGUGAUCACCCGGCUGGACUAUGAAACUUCUACCAAAACGCACAUCGCCGCAGGCCUGCUAUGCCUGUUCAUCUGUUGGCCAUGCUUCUGGAUACCGUACAUAAUCGAUUCGUGCAAGAACGCAAAUCACUAUUGCCCGAACUGUGGGGCGUACAUUGGCACGUACCGUGGCUAGACUACCACCGUUCACGCAUCUGUUUGCCAUGUGUGGACACCAUAACCAUAACCCCAGCGAGUCAUCAAUCCUCCCGCAGAUGCGCACCACGCUCCCUCCCCCCUCCCAGUGCCCAUGGGAGCCUCCAAAAACUAUUAUUAUUAUUAUUAUGGUAAUCCUGACACAACGCUGGCAGCAUUCGGUGCCGGUGCGCGAGUAUUGUGAUGUAAUGCCCUCCCUCCCCUUUCUUCGCUCGGCACUCGGCACACACAGCAGAAGAAAGCAGUCCAGCACCCUGCGACGUCACGGAACUGGAGUUGGAUCCAAGUGGGAGGAUGAAGGAGGAGUUAACAAAAAAGUUUAACAAAAAACCAGAAAGUGCCUGCAACGAUAACGAUAUAUUGGUAAGAGUAGGUCGGUAGGAAAAAUAAACAAAACAGCGAGCUAGUGAUCGAUGGCGUGAGGGGCAAGCAAGAGCAUAGCUUGGUCAGGACGACUGUUAUUAUUUUUAUUAUUAUGUAUUGAAUACUGUUGAUUUCAUCGUACGUGAAAAUUGCAUAAUAAAUGUAUUUACACAUUCAAA